AUGGUAGCAAAAAAAUUCGAUGAAGCAAGCAACUAUAUCAGUAAAACAUAUAAUUAUACCUUGAACUCAAAAAAAAUAUCUGCCGAUUCCUUAGAUCCAGUCACAUUCCUCACUAAACUUUGUGAAGAAUAUAAAAAUUAUGUACAAAUUAUGAAAGCACCUCAUUUGAUACUCGACACAACUGAAACGAAAGCUAUUUCAAAAGCUAUUAAAUUUUUUACGAAGGCCUUAGCAUUACCAAUUGUCACUACAUCUGCUUAUAAGAAUGCAGCAAACGAUGCAUGGAGCAAUCUCGAUCAAAACGAGAUGCAAUAUUUGAUUCAAGUUUUUUCACCAUAUCAUGCUAUCUUCAGUUUGUCCAAACACAUAUUUCGUCAUCAGAAAAUAACGAAUCUUGUUAUAAUUCAUGACGUUACUUUAGGGUCGCACGAGACAUUCUUAGAAAUGUUCCUAAACGUCAACGUGAGAUAUGUAAUUGAUCAAAUAGAUUUAAAGAUGAAUAUAUACGAAAAACUCAGCAAUUACAGCAGAACUUUUUCAAAUUUUUUCGUUAUGGGCAGCUCACAAAAUGUAAAGAGCAUUUUGGAAAUUGCCGAUUCACAAUUACUAUUUGAGACUAAAUACGCUUGGUACGCUUUCACCCUAGAUGACGGAAUAGUGAAUUGCUCAACUUGUGCUAACGCUAAAAUUAUCUCUGUUCAACCAUCUGGAAUGCAUUCGAUUGAAUAUCCAAUCUAUGAUAAAGAUAUCCCGUCAAAUGAUUUUUAUUCACAUCUUUUCAUUGGAUCUAUUCUGAGUCUGAGAAAUAGCUCAUACGUGAGCAGAUGGACCAAAUAUGACUUCAUAAAUUGUGAAACUUACGAUGGAAAUAACACUCCGUUCAGAGAGAAUAUCGAUUUGAAAGAAAAUCUCCAAAGAUAUAUGUUCAAUUAUAAGCCUUUCAAUAUGGAAGUAAAAUUGGUACAUUUUACUGAUGGAAAGAUCAAAGAUUCGGUCCUAAUUGGUCAAUGGAUCUCAUAUGAGGAUAAUGAAGUGAAGCUGAUGAAUAAAAACCUAUGGAGAGAAUUUAUAGGGACAGAGGUUCUGAAAAUAGUUGUGGUUGAGCAAAAACCCUUCAUUUUUUUGGACUAUUCACACCCAAGAGGAUACAACGGUUACCUUGUGGACAUGAUGGAAGAAAUUGGCCAAUUGUUAGGGUUCGAAUUUUACUUGGAGUUAGCCAGCGAUAACGCUAUCGGCGAUGUAGAUGACGAUGGACUAUGGAACGGAUUGAUUGGAGACAUUUUGAAUUUAAAAGCCGACAUUGGCUUGGCUUCAAUUCCGGUAUCAUCGAUACGGGAAAAAGUUAUCGAUUUCACCAUACCCUACUACGAAGCUGUAGGAUCGAUCAUGCUGAUGAAACUUUUCAGGACAGAACCUUCCCUGAAUAAGUUUAUCGAUGUGAUAGAGACCGAAGUUUGGAUAUACAUUUUAGCGGCGUAUGCUCUGACAAGCUUGCUCAUUUGGAUCUUCGACAAAUAUCAACCGGAGAAGGACCCUAACGAAAGGAUAUUCUCAUUGAGAGAGAGCUUAUGGUUUUGUUUUCUUUCAUUGACGCCCCAAGGAACUGGUGGUUUGCCACGUAACCUACCCGGUCUUAUUGUUACAGUAUCUUGGUGGUUAUUCUCGUUUGUCAUACUUGCUUCGUACACAGCUAAUUUGUCGGCAAUUCUAACCGUUUCGUUAUUCAAUAAUCAAAUCGAAAAUAUCAACGACUUGGAGAAAGAAUACAGACUGAAAUUUGCUCCUUUGAACGGAUCCUAUACAAUGCAGUAUUUUUCAAGAUUGGCGCGCAUUGAGGAAAUGUUCCAUCACAUUUGGAAAAAUAUGACCUUCGACGGAGACCACAACGAAAAAGCAAAAUCUAAAUAUUCGGUCUGGUCUUAUCCCGUAUCCAACAAAUACAACGACAUAUGGAACUCAAUGCAAUCGGCUGGCUUUCCGAAAACGAUGGACGAGGUCCUAGAAAGGAUAAGAAGAUCGACGUCCUCUGCUGACGGAUUCGUAUUUCUGGGCGAUGCCACCGAUUGCAGAUAUUUAGUGUUGACGAAUUGCGAUCUGCAAACAGUCGGUGAAGAAUUUUCCACCAAGCCAUACGCUAUUGCAGUACCGGAAGGGUCACCUCUGAAAAGGCGAUUGGACUUCGCUAUUAUGGAACUGAUAGAAAGAGGCACUCUUCAGCAACUCAAGACGAAAUGGUGGGACAGAAAUCCAGACAGAAAAUUAUGCGAAACAGAAAAUCGGUUAGAUGGAAUAGGAUUACCGAAUAUGGGAGGAGUUUUUGGCCUGAUGUUGUUUGGAAUUGGAUUGGCUAUCAUAGUACUUGACAAAGCCAGGCCACACACAUCGAUAUUGACUCGCCAGAAGCUCCGAGAUCUUGGUUUGGAGGUUCUUAUGCAUCCACCUUAUAGGCUGGACCUGGCACCAAGUAAUACCCAUCUGUUCAAUUUUGCUGGUGGCAAAUUCGCUUUAACAGAGGCUUGUGAGAAUCGGCUGUCUCAAUUUUUGGCCAAUAGGGACGAGGGCUUCUAUGAAAGAGGCAUUAUGGUAUUAACUUCAAAAUUCCAACAAGUUAUCGAACAAAACGGCGCAUAUUCGAUCUAA